CUGCAACAUGCACAUUUUUCAGAAGGAGGCAUGGAUCAUGAACACAGCAUUUCCCCAAAACUGGACUGAGAUGAUAAAAAACGACAAAGUUUUGGUGAAUUUGCUUUUGCAUAAUAUUACACUUCCCAGUGAUCCGAAUGAGAAGACUCUUAUGGUGCGUGAUGUAUUAAAAAAGAUGAACAGACGACUGUUAUCUCCACUUCAUUUUUACCGAAAUGCUCAAGAACAUUUAUACCCGGACAAGGUAGAUGAAAGAGACACCAAUACUGUGAGCAAUAGCCAUUGGGUGCAUGAUUACGUUUCAAAAAACAUUGAUUUAUUUACCCCAGCAGGGUUUCCUAAAAGUUUUUUUCGAAGAAUUCUGUCCAUGGUUGGACGAGGCCCCUUGUACAAAGUCAAAGGCCCCUGAUACGAAGGCAAAGGCUGAGGCCCCUAAUACGAAGGCAAAGGCUGAGGCCCCUGAUACGAAGGCUGAGGCCCCUGAUACGAAGGCAAAGGCUGAGGCCCCUGAUACGAAGGCAAAGGCUGAGGCCCCUGAUACGAAGGCAAAGGCUGAGGCCCCUGAUACGAAGACAAAGGCUGAGGCCCCUGAUACGAAGGCAAAGGCUGAGGCCCCUGAUUCGAAGGCAAAGGCUGAGGCCUCUGAUACGAAGGCAAAGAAAACAGAAGCGAAGAAGAUGAAGGAUGAGCAGAGGCGAAGAAGGAGGAACAGGAGAAGAAGUCUUUAAAAGAAGACACUCAUUGCUUGAGGCAAACUAAUUCCUAUUCCCGUGACUUAUCCUUGUAACAGUUUGCUACUGUUUCUAAUGUUAAGCCUUAUGAUGUUUGUCUAAGAUGCGUCUACAACUAUUGAAAAGUGGAGACUUUUCUCCCUUUGUUUUUUAAUAUGAUUUACGUACUUAGUUAUUUUAUUCAUUUAUUUAAAAUUAUUACUAACCAAUUGAUUCAUGGAUUUUGUAGAGCAGGAACAAUGGAGGAAGCCUCUGAGGUAAUAGAUACAAUGGUAG